AUGGAUAAAAGGAAGAGAGAACAAUAUGCUGAUGACAAUGCCUCUUUGUCUCAUAAGAAACCACGUGUCGUCUGGACUCCUCACCUUCAUGCAAAGUUUCUCGAUGCUGUUAAUUUUCUUGGCUUACACGAGGCUGUUCCGAGAAAAAUAGCCGCUUUGAUGAAUGUUGAAGGAAUUACUAAGGAACACGUCGCAAGCCAUCUCCAGAAAUACAGACUCAGUAAGAAAAAGGCUAACGACAAAGUUUCUUCAAGGAUGAUUCUUGAGCCUACUCAAUCUCAAACCUACUUUAACAUUCAUCCACAGUCCUACAACUUUCCUGUAAACCAAACCUCACCUUUACUCCUCCCUAACAUUAAGCAUGUAGUUCAUCAAUCUCACACAGAAACUUACUCCAACAUGAGUGGAGUUGGAGUUGCUCCUUCAACCCCAAUUCAAUCUCAAAAUAUCAACAUCCAUCCACCACCAUCCACCUAUCCUAUCUAUCAUGAUACCUCUACUUUAUUUCCAUCUCCACUUGGAUUUCCAACCCCUGCUAAGCCUGUAGUCCAUCAAUCGAACAUGAGUGGAAUUGGAGUUGCUCCUUCAACCCUAAUUCAAUCUCAAAAUAUCAACAUCCAUCCACCACCAUCCACCUAUCCUAUCUAUCAUCAUACCCCUACUUUAUUUCCAUCUCCACUUGGAUUUCCAACCCCUGCUAAUUCUUCCAAAAGCACAAGCAUUUGGGAUUAUCAUUGGCAUAUAACGGAACCUCACUCACUUCUAUUCCCUCACAGUUCCUUGCCGGUACUGGAGUCUCACAACACAAAUCAAAAUACUCAAAUGAGCUCACAACAGACAGAGCCAAUUAUUGUUGAAUCUACUUCUUUGGAAGACACAAACAUCAUGGAUUAUAAUUUCUAUGAUGACAUUGGUUCGAUUGACUUUUCGGUUGAAGAAACAGAUUCUAUUACUUUAAAGGAUCUCGCAAAUAUGUCGCGAAACGUAGAGGAAGAGGAUCUCAUGAAUGCUUGGAGGUGCUUUGAAGAGAAGGAGGAUUUCACUAAUGUUAUGCAGCCUUUAUGUUAUGAAACUUUUUAA